UCAUGUUUACUCUGAGAAACACAGAGAAGUAAAAUUCCUGAUGAAGCUACUGCGGGUCUCGACAUCUUGAUUCGGCAGGUCACCCGCGUCCAGCUCACGGGAGAGGUUUCAACACGCCCCCAAGCGAAACGGGGACCGCGUUGGUGCAGACGACGGGCUGCGCUGACCGCUCGCUCCGACGCGGGGGGCGGCGACCGAGGCGCGUCAACGCCCCACCGCGGGAGGGGCGGCAGUUAGCGACCCCAACGCCGGGCCCCCAGACGCCGGCGGUGUUAGAACCGAAUAGAGCAGAGGCGCUGCGGGCUAAUUAAAGCCAGAGCCGGACACGCCCCCUCGCGCAGGCCGCGGCCGGGUCUCCGGCGUCUGCAGGGCUGGGGGCGGGGACUGGUCAGGAUUCAAAUUUGAGGCGGGCCGCCCGCGCGCAGCCCAGCAGGUGCCUCGGGCCGGCCCCCCGCGGCGGCCGCUUCCGCCCCUACCUGCCCGCCGGGCCGGAAGUUACCUAGCGGGGCAGCGGCCCCUCCUCCGUGGUCAGCCGUUCAACUGCGCCGAAAGCCUUAAACGGCGCGCCGCGCGGGGGCCGCGGGGGCCGGCCCGCCCGCGCUGCCCCGCGCGUCUGCGCGCUCCCGGCGGCCGCGUCCCCCGCCCUCCUGAGCGGGCCGCGGGCCGCCGGGGGACCCCGGAGUGGCGCCGGGCGGGCCGCGGGGCGGGGCGCGAGGGAGGAUUAUAAGAAGGGACGAGCGCUCCACGUCCCACACAGGUUACGCUUCAAGGAGCCGAGGAGAGGAGCAGCGAGUCAAGAUGAGAGUUCAGCCGCGGCGGCAGCAGCAGCAGACUCAAGAAUGAACAAUCCGUCAGAAACCAGUAAACCAUCUAUGGAGAGUGGAGAUGGCCACACAGGCACACAAACCAAUGGUCUGGACUUUCAGAAGCAGCCUGUGCCUGUGGGAGGAGCAAUCUCGACGGCCCAGGCCCAGGCCUUCCUGGGGCAUCUCCAUCAGGUCCAGCUCGCUGGAACAAGUUUACAGGCUGCUGCUCAGUCUUUAAAUGUACAGUCUAAAUCUAAUGAAGAAUCGGGGGAUUCACAGCAGCCAAGCCAGCCUUCCCAGCAGCCUUCAGUGCAGGCAGCCAUCCCCCAGACCCAGCUGAUGCUGGCUGGAGGACAGAUAACUGGGCUCACCCUGACGCCGGCACAGCAACAGCUGCUGCUGCAGCAGGCGCAGGCGCAGGCGCAGCUGCUGGCCGCCGCCGUCCAGCAGCACUCCGCCAGCCAGCAGCACGGCGCCGCCGGGGCCUCCAUCUCCGCGUCCGCCGCCACGCCCAUGACGCAGAUCCCGCUGUCGCAGCCCAUCCAGAUCUCGCAGGAUCUGCAGCAACUGCAGCAGCUUCAGCAGCAGAAUCUCAACCUGCAGCAGUUUGUGCUGGUCCAUCCGACCACCAACUUGCAGCCAGCGCAGUUUAUCAUCUCACAGGCGCCGCAGAGCCAGCAGGGCCUCCUGCAAGCGCAGAAUCUUUUAACGCAACUACCUCAGCAAAGCCAAGCCAACCUCCUCCAGUCGCAGCCAAGCAUCACCCUCACCUCCCAGCCAGCAACCCCAACACGCACAAUAGCAGCAACCCCAAUUCAGACACUUCCACAGAGCCAGUCAACACCAAAGCGAAUUGAUACUCCCAGCUUGGAGGAGCCCAGUGACCUUGAGGAGCUUGAGCAGUUUGCCAAGACCUUCAAACAAAGACGAAUCAAACUUGGAUUCACUCAGGGCGAUGUUGGGCUCGCUAUGGGUAAACUGUAUGGAAAUGACUUCAGCCAGACCACCAUCUCUCGCUUUGAAGCCUUGAACCUCAGCUUUAAGAACAUGUGCAAGCUAAAGCCACUUUUGGAGAAGUGGCUCAAUGAUGCAGAGAACCUCUCGUCUGAUUCAGGCCUCUCCAGCCCAAGUGCCCUGAAUUCUCCAGGGCUGGGGAUGGAAGGCUUGAACCGCAGGAGGAAGAAACGCACCAGCAUAGAGACCAACAUCCGUGUGGCCUUAGAGAAGAGUUUCUUGGAGAAUCAAAAGCCUACCUCGGAAGAGAUCACCAUGAUUGCUGAUCAGCUCAGUAUGGAAAAAGAGGUGAUUCGUGUUUGGUUUUGUAACCGCCGCCAGAAGGAAAAGAGAAUCAACCCACCGAGCAGCGGUGGGACCAGCAGCUCACCUAUCAAAGCAAUUUUCCCCAGUCCAACCUCGCUGGUGGCAACCACGCCAAGCCUUGUGACGAGCAGCGCGGCGACGACCCUCACCGUGAACCCGGUCCUCCCGCUGAGCAGCGCCACCGCCACGAGCCUGCCUGUCACAGGCACCACGGACAGCGCCUCCAGCGCCCCGGCCACCGUGAUCUCCACCGCGCCGCCCGCCGCCGCCGCCGCCGCCGCCGCCGCGUCCCCCGCGCUGAGCCCCUCCCCGUCCGCCUCGGCCGCCACCUCCGACGCGUCCAGCGCCGGCGACACCAGCGCCACGCAGACCACGUCCACCCUGUCCUCGGCCCUCGGCGCCAGCCAGGUGAUGGUGACGGCGGCCGGGAUGCAGACGGCGGCGGCCGCCGCGCUCCAGGGCGCCGCGCCCCUGCCCGCCAACGCCAGCCUCGCCGCCAUGGCCGCCGCCGCGGGCCUGGGCCCGGGCCUCAUGGCGCCCUCGCAGUUCGCGGCUGGCGGUGCCUUACUCAGCCUCAACGCAGGGACCCUGGGCGGUGCUCUCAGCCCGGCGCUCAUGAGCAACAGCACACUGGCAACCAUCCAAGCUCUUGCCUCUGGCGGCUCGCUUCCAAUAACGUCACUGGAUGCGACCGGGAACCUGGUAUUUGCCAAUGCAGGAGGCGCCCCCAACAUCGUGACUGCCCCCCUGUUCCUGAACCCUCAGAACCUCUCUCUGCUCACCAGCAACCCCGUGAGCUUGGUCUCGGCCGCUGCAGCCUCCGCAGGGAACUCGGGACCCGCGGCCAGCCUCCACGCCACCUCCGCCUCUGCCGAGUCCGUCCAGAACUCUCUCUUCACGGUGGCCUCCGCCAGCGGGGCUGCCUCCACCACCACCACCGCCUCCAAGGCACAGUGAGCGGGGCCGCCAGCCCGGCUGACGCCGGACCGCGUGACCGGCUCCCUCUGCGCGUUUCAGCAGCGGGGGGGCACGGGAGGAGAGGAGAAACCAGGAUGGAGACGGGACAACAUUUGCCUAAUUUUGUAAUAAAACACUGUCUUUUCAGGA